UCGCCCCACACUCCCCCGCUCCCUCUCCCUGCCCAGCAUGACCACGCCAGUCGCUGCUGCAUCGGCGCCGGCGCCCGGGCGCAGCGUCGAGGAGCAGCUCAGGUCCUUCGACUCGCUGCCGCUCUUCAUGAAGGACCUGCCCGCCGAGGGCGCCGCGCCCGAGGAGGGCGACGCCGCCAACACGGCGCUCGAGGCGCUGCAGAGCCUGGCGCACGACGGCACGCCUGAUGAGGUCGCGCAGAACUUCAAGGCGCAGGGCAACGAGUACUUCGCGGGCAAGCGCUACCGCGAGGCGGCCAAGUUCUACUCGCAGGCUCUCGACGCCAACCCCGAGAAUGCCAUGCUGCGCGAGGCGUGCUUGGGCAACCGUGCCGCGUGCAACAUGGAGCUGCGUGCGUCGUGCUCGAGCUCGUGCUGGCGGGACACGCUGACGCCCCGCUGCAGAGAACUACGGCCAGGUGCUGCGCGACACGUCCGCCGUGCUGGCGCUCAACCCCAAGAACACGAAAGCAUUCUACCGCGCCUCGCGGGCCCUCUUUGCGCUCGACAAGCUCGUCGAGGCGCUCGACUGCUGUGAGCACGCGCUGCUGCUCGAGCCGGCCAACGAGGCGUUCCUGGCGAUGCGCAAGAAGGUGCAGGCACGGCAGGCGGCCAUUGAG